AUGGGGGCUCUAGCCCGGGAGAUGGCUGGGGCAUUGAGGGAGUCUAUGAACAUUUUGAGGGCGGAAACCCAAGUAAGGGAGACCGUUGCAGAGAUUAGAGCUAGCUUCCUCACGAGGGAGUUUUUAAGGGCCAAGCCGGAUGAAUUCCAUGGCGGCCCCGAUUCGAAGAAGGCAGAUGAAUGGUUAGAACAAACGGUAAAGACUUUUGAGAUGCUCCAUAUAGAGGAUAGCGAGUUGAGGAUGACCCUUGCAAGUUACCAUCUGAAGGGUGAUGCGGGCCAAUGGUGGAAGUAUGCCAAGGGCCGGAUAGCACCGACAUGGGAGGCUUUUGUAGUGGCUUUCCAAGACAAGUACCUUCCUCCCACGCGACGGAAGAAUGAGUUUGAGCAGAGGUUGAGGACAAAGAUCUUGUUCAAGGUUGCUGGGAAUAUGAUCCGAGAGUAUGAUCGCCUUGUGGAGGUGGCUGCACAUGUGGAGAUUAUUGUGGAGGCUGAGGAGGAGAGACUUCAGAAUUUGAGGUCUAGGGGCCAAGGGUCACAGGGGGACUUUUGGCCCAACAAGAAGAGUAAGAGCACCUUUUCAUCUCAGUCUCAGUCGCAACAGGCUAGAUCUACUUACCCCUUGCCUAGUGUGGGCCCGGGAAAGAUUGCACUGGGUGGGUUUUCAUGCUUCAAGUGUGGCUAG